AUGGCCCCAGGGCUCAGUGCUUCCCCUUCAGUUAUGGUUAUGCUCCUGUCCCUGCUGGAUCUGGCUGCUGCUGGGAAACUCCUGGUGGUGCCAGUGGAUGGGAGCCACUGGCUCAGCAUGCGGGAGGUGGUGGACAUGCUCCAGCAGAAGGGACAUGAGGUGGUUGUAGUGGCACCUGAAGUCUCUUUGCACAUCAAGCCAUCAAAGAACUUUGUGAUGAAAAUGUACUCAGUCCCCUACACCAAGGAAGAGAUGGAGAAAGAUUUCAAGCUGUUUCUCCAUACUUCAUUUGAAGAGGGAUCUUUUAUUGAAAGAUUUCUUAAAGUGUAUGAAGUUAUGAAAAAACUUGGUAAUAUGUCUGCUGUUUCCUGUGAUCACCUCCUGCAAAACAAAGAGCUCAUCAGGUACCUUGAGGAGAGCAACUUUGAUGCGGUCUUUACAGACCCUGUAGUACCAUGUGGGGUGAUCCUGGCAGAGCAUCUUUCACUUCCUUCUGUGUAUUUCUUACGAGGAAUCCCAUGCGGUUUAGAUUUUGAAGCCACACAGUGUCCCAAUCCUCCUUCCUAUGUGCCCAGGGCAUUUUCUCAACUUACGGACCGCAUGACCUUUCUCCAGCGAGUGAAGAACCUACUCUUUGACACCCAAAAUCUAUUUCUUUGUGAUUUUGCCUUUGACCCGUUCUCGAAACUGGCUUCUGAGUUUCUGCAGCGGGAGGUGACUGUGCUGGAUCUCUUACGGAAGGGCUCUGUCUGGCUCUUCAGGUUAGAUUUUGUGCUUGACUAUCCAAGGCCCUUGAUGCCCAACAUCAUUCCAAUUGGAGGAGUAAACUGUGCGCAUAAGGAGCUACCACAGGUGGAUAAUAUUCUGUUUUUAAUUUGUGCUGUGAUGGAUUUCUUUAUUCAGGAGGGUUGA